AUGCAUUCCCCCACGCGUCUGGGAACCGGCGGUGGCGGCGACGACGCUGUCGCUGCUGCUACACCUGUCUCUUCGUUAUCGGCGUGGCGAGUUGCGGCGGAGCUGCUGGCCGCCCACAGCAGCAGCAGCAACAACAGGAACAUAGGAAGUGGCAGCCCACAUGAGUCGCCCGUGGAAGGUGCACGAGCACGGGAGCGAACGACGGAGCCGAGCCACGAUAGCCCAGCUAGUGAAAACAAGAAGCAACAGCAGCAGCGCAAGCAGGAAGAUGUGUCACAUUUUGACACGUACUCCGGCACGUCUCCACUGCAGCGGUACAUGACACAAACGCCCUUGUCCCCAGCAUCCUCCAAGGUACUGCAGCUUGCCUCCGUUACGAUACGCAAGCGGCAGGCGGAGCUGCUGCAGCGUGAGGAGACCGUCCUGCGCCGCGAGGCGGCGGUCCGCGCACGUGAGGGGCAACUGGCCCAGCAGGAGGAGCAGCUGCGCCUGACACAAGAGCGCCUGGGGCCGAAGAUGGCCACCGACGCGUACCGACAGCAGCUACACGACGUGAAGCGCGAGCUGGACGCGCGGGAACAGGAGUUGACCUACCGCAUCGCCGCGCAGAAGCAGGAGCGAGAGCGCCUCGCCGCCCAUUCGGCCGAGCUCGAUGCACGCGAGCGGGAGUUGGAGGAGGAGCAGGAGCGGCUGCUGAGCGACACACGCGUGCAGGUGGAGCGCAUCCACAACGGCGCACGUGCGGUACAGACAAAGGAAGCCGCUGUGGCCCAACGAGAGGAGGCUAACAAGCAGCGUGAGGCGGAGUUGCUGCUGCAGCGCGAGUGCCUCGCAAGCUGGGAGUCUGCGCUGCGCCAACAGCAGCGGCUGGUGGAUGCGCAGAAGGCCAAUGCUGCAAAGACGAUUGCUACUGCACAUGAUGUGAGUGUGCGUGAGGAAAGACUUCGUGAAGCGGGGCGGCGCCUUUGUGAGCGUGAGGCUGCGUUAUGGGAGACGGCAGCAGAGAAGGUGCCACAGGGCCGUGCAGAACUCCUGACGCUGAUGACUAUUCUCAAAAGUCUCCGUGGCGAGCUGCUGGCGUGCAAGCUCAGCAACCAGGAGACUUCUCUAGUGUAG